GGUACCGCCGCGCUCGCGCCGCCAUGUUGGCUGCGAGGGGAAGUGGCGGCCCGGAUCCCCGCUAAGAUGGUGGAGAGGAGGCCGCGGGGGGUGUAGGGGUUCGUCCCCGUCCUCCCCCCGCCUCCCCGGGCUGCAGGGUGACCUGGGGCCCAUGGAGCAGCUAUAGGGUUUGUGCUAUAAACAGCUGAUCACUGCCACAAUGACAUCUUCAAGCUCUGCCCAGCAUCCAGCAGCUGAGAAUGCCUGCAGAACCACACUUGGACAAGCUAACCAGGUGCGACCCAAACUGCCGCUUCUGAAGAUUCUGCAGGCUGCGGGCGCCCAAGGUGAAACCUUCACUCUGAAGGAGGUUAUGCAUUACCUAGGACAGUAUAUAAUGGUGAGGCAGCUAUAUGACAAAAGACAGCAACACAUGGUCUAUUGUGGAGGAGAUCAGCUGGGAGAGCUGCUGGGACUGGAGAGCUUCUCUGUAAAAGAUCCAAGCCCAGUCUAUGACAUGUUGAAACGGAACCUGACUUCUGCUGCAGUGACAGAUGCCGCACAGAAUCUCGCAAAGGAACAGAGCGUCGAUAAGCCAAGCCAAGACCAGCUGAAGUUUAGCCAGCAGGAAGGUUCUGACACUGGCGUCAUGGAGGGUGAAAGCAAUGCGUCUGCUUUGUCUACCUCAGAGCAAAAAUGUGAGAAUUGUGAAGACAAAGACUUAAUAGAAAACCUCUCUAAAAGCAAGAAGCCUAAGCUGGACCUAGUGUUUGAGGAAUGGGAUGUAGCUGGUCUUCCAUGGUGGUUUUUAGGCAACCUCAGAAGCAAUUACAAGUCCAGAAGUAAUGGAUCAACAGAUAUUCAGACUAACCAGGAUUUUCAGCUUCUCCCUUGUGUGUUCCUGUCCCAGCCUUCACAUCAGGACGUGGACACUGCUGUUGUUUCAGAUACCACUGAUGACUUGUGGUUCCUCAACGAGUGCCCCUCGGAUCAGAGCAGUGCUGCAGUCAAGGUGGAAGUGGUUGACUGCGAGGAAGUGAAAGAAGGUGACAAAAAGGUGAUGGAGGAUGCAUGUUUGCAUGACUUUGAGGAUUCUCAGUGCUUAAGUGAUGACACAGAUACAGAAGCUGCUUCUGAGGACUGCUGGCAAUGCACCAAAUGCAAGAAAUUUAACUCUCCAGGCAAACGGUACUGUUACCGCUGCUGGGCCUUACGGAAAGACUGGUACUCAGAUUGUCCCAAACUGGCUCAUUCUCUUUCUCUGUCUAACAUUGAUGCUAUGCAAAAUAAAAAUGAUGACGAAGGGAUAGAUGUCCCAGACUGCCGAAGGACUAUAUCUGAUCCAGUUGGCCAACCCAAAGACCUGUACAUGGUAGGAAACAAAUCACGUGUAGAUCCCUGCAGCUCUAUUGAGUCUUUGGAUUUGGCACGAGAAUGUGAAAGCAAGGAGUCUCUGCUGCAUUUCACUGAGCAUAAAAAGGAGGAAGAAAUACAGUCUUUAGAGAGUAUAAAAAAAUUACUGAAUCCUUGUUUCUUAUGCCAUCACAGACCACGGGAUGGGAAUAUUGUCCAUGGAAGGACUGCUCACCUUGUAGCCUGUUUCAAGUGUGCAAAGAUGCUGAAGAAAAAGAGAUCACCUUGCCCAGUGUGCAGGAAAGAGAUUGAGAUGGUGAUCAGGAUCUUUAUGGGGUAGUUGUGCCAGUUCGGGCCUUCUCCACCAAAAGCUAGCACAAAGGUUUUCUUGCACUCACACAAACCCUAACUUCGGAGCUCGGCCAGUGAAUACCAAAGAGAAUUAAGAGCCAAAUGUGACCAAGAACACUGAGGAAUCCUCUGCAUUAAAUGAAGCAGCAUCCACUUUUUGAUGUCCGUUUAAAUUAAAGCCAGUAGGGAGCAGGGAGUGACUGGCACGUCGGUAUCAAUGCCCCAGCUUUGAAACUGUCUAAAUCUUCUAAUUUCAGCUCAGUGAGUGGUGUCACUAAAGAUUCUCUGUUCUGACAACUGGUCCUUGAAGAAAAGUUUUGGAAACAGUUAUAACUCUGGCUGUUGGAGUGUUGUUCUCCAGUAAGUCAAAGCCUGUGCAAUGCCUUCUAAGGGAGGGAGUCUGCAUCUGAGAUAAAUACGCAGGGGUGGGAAAGAGGGUGGGAGGGAAGGGUAGGCCAAGGUGUUUGCAAUUUAGGUAAGCCAUUUCUCCAAGGAUCAGUUCUCCUGAGGGCAGUGAGAAGUAAAUAACCCGGUUUCUGAUUUUAUUUUUUGUUUGUUUAAUGUAGGUUUGUUAGAUAAGGUGAAGGUCCUCUUGCUCCCAGACUUGAAAUAAGUCCUCCCAGACUUUUAAUCUGUAGCUAUCUCAGGUCACAUACAAAAUUGCAAAAGAAUAGGGUGUUAUACUUUGCUUUGUUAUUGGAUCUUUUAAUUUCUAUUGAUUCUUUUUUUACAUUUAAAUACAGUUCUGUGUCAUCUUGCAUAGCUUUGUUGAGGCCUGUCCAAAGUUUGCUCAGAAUCUGGUCUGCCAGCUGGAUUAAACUACAACAGCUCUGUGCAUGUUUUGGGAUGUUCUCAUAGCUCUGUGCUUAUAGCACCUUUGCAACUUCUACCUGCUUCAUCUCAUCAGUCCAGUCUAGAUAGAAGAUGCUCACUUUAGAGUGCAGUGUGGCUUUAAAGACAGGAUAUAGGCUUCUGAGAAAUAAAAAUAAGACCUGUAAAGCGCCAGUUGCAGCUGGUUAGUCUAUGGGCCGUGCUUGGUGAUAGUUUUUAUAACUUUCUCCACUGAUUUUCUUUCCCUGUGAUUUAAUGCUUCAAAUCUGUUUGCAGCUUUUAUGUUGUCCUUCAGAGCUACACAUGGUUGCUCUACUGGCUGUUAAAACUCUGCUAGAAAACUGUAAGUUUGAAAAUGUCUAACCCUCUUCUGAGAUCAUAUCCUAGAACGUGCUCAGAUCUUCCCCAGCGUUCCUGUUCUCUGGGGUUUGGAGGGCCUGCAGCACGCAGCAGUAGCAACAGUGCCUUCACCUUUUAGGUGUACAGGCAUUUGAACUCAGUACAGCAUAUAGAAUAAACCCUGUUUUGUCAUAUGCUCUGUAAUUCCCUCUAAUUUAGGAAGUACGCCUGAAGACAAAAAAAAAAAAAAAUAGAAGGUAUAGUGCUCAUACCUUGGUGCUUCUCUAGGCUGUUUCCCCCUUGUUCUCCACACUCCGUGUGCUGGUCCAGCCCUAGCAGGUCAGGCAUGUGGUGGGAGGUCCCAGCAAAUUCCAAUGUCAAAGUUGUUACUUCUCUGCAAAGGUAUCAGAGUAGGUGCUGUAUGCAAUCACUGCCAAAAGUCAGAUCCACCUUAUAUUUAGCAUAGUAUUGCAAUUAUUUCUGUGUUGGCUAUAAUUUAGACUAUUGUUGUUGGCUCUUAUUUACAGUUGUAUUUUAAAAAAACGGAGGAUAACUGUUUGGUGUCUUGGUGUGCUGUCUAUAAACCCAUGGGAAUCAAUCCACAUGGAAAAGCUGACUUACUGCUCCCUUAACUAAAGGGCUGUUAAAUUGCUGGUGAUGCACUUUAAUCAUGCUAAGGUCAGCAGCGUUACCACCUGGAAUCACCAAAGGGAGUUCCUGCCAGGUAGUUUCUUCCCUUUUCAGAUAGUUUCUUUGCUUUUAAGAGUCUUGGGCUCAGCAGGGUGCGUUGUGGCACUUUGUGGCACUUCUGAAUACUGUGAAUUCCCCCUUGCCCCAAGUGCUUCUAAGAACUAGUUGUUUUGCUAAAAGCAGUUUUACUGAAUUGUUCAGAUCUGACCACACUGAAAAGCAUGUAAUUUGUGUUGAUGACAAAAAAAAAAAAGGUCAGGAGCGUUGAAGUUCCAGUAAUGGGGUUGAAUAUCCCUACUGAAAUCCUACAGCGAUCUGUAUGCAGCUUCCAUUAUUAAAUGAAAAUUGUUGUCAGUGUGGCAGUUUGUGAUAAAAAGCAAAUCUGCAGGAUAACUUGCAGUGUAACUAUCUUUGUGGUUUCUUUUUCUGUAUAACCAUGGUGUUUACAACAUGCAUUUGUCAAGUUCUUCAUGCUCUUUAACUGAAAUAGUGGACAUAAGAUAUCACAAUGUUACAGUUGAUUUUCCUUCCUAUAGAAGAAUAAGCUCUUGCAGUGUAAGCACAUUGUGUGUAGUUUAACUGCGCAGGUUGUGGCUGGGGCUUGGGGGGUGGGAUGGGUUUUAGUGCAGGGGAAAGGCAGAAGAAUGUUUUAUUGCUUUAACUGAAGUUCAAGUCCAAAUGCAACUUACCAAGACCUGCUCUUCUGACACUUCUUAGGAAGUGCAGACUUGAGGUAUGGGUUGAACUAGCUCAAAGCACUCGGCUACAACACUUACAUUGCAGCGCAGAUGGGAGAUUGGCCAAGCAUUGCUAUUACUUUCCUCUUCUACAGACGUGGCAGUUAAUGUGGAGUCCUAAUUCAGAAACCCCAGUUUUGGAGGAGCUGAGCAUUUACCUGAGAUGCUGUGAACUCUGGUUCUCUGAAUAUGUCGCUGGUGUCUUGUAGUAGAUGACAGUUCUUUUCUCUUACAGUGGUUUUACUAUGAAGUGCAAUAUGAGAGAAAAGGUCCUUAGUAACCUUUAGCAGUCACUGCUGCAUGUCUAUUAGGAGAAGUGUUAAGCGCGGCUGUUUUUUGAUGCCCAGACUAAAAAGGUUUAUAUGUUUCACUGUUGUUUUGGUUUUGCUUUUUUUUUUUUUUUUUUUUUUCUUCUGUGACAUUGGUUGCUGUUCCUUAGGAACCUGCUGAAGCCUCACUGGCACAAGUGUACCUGUAGGUCAGGUUUCAUUUACUAGAUCCCUCUGCUUUUCAGCCAGAAGUUUUGGCACCAGUUAUCCCCAGAAGCAGCAAAUUUCUUACUUUGGUGGGUAUUUAUAUACAGUAUGGGAAUGAUGAGGCUCACAACUGCAUAGUGCCGUUCAGCACAUUAUAGUGCUCUGCAGUGUGAAACCAUAUGUAUAUGUACAGUGUCUGUACUGACAGCCAGAGGUACACACGUUGCAUUUACUCCCCAAAGUCUUUCCAGUUUAAGUGCCUCUUCUCAGUUCCUCCCAGUGACUCUUGUUCACUGACACACAGCACAUCAGCCUUUUCUUCAGCUCUCUUCAAAAACCUCAGCAUCCCUCCUCUGCUGAGAUGUAUUAUCGAGCCAAUUUAGCCUAAACAAAGCCACGACAUGAAUUACAAAGAUCCUUUGGAGCAGCCCCCCGGAGUGUUUAUUUCUUCUGAACGGUGGGUGUUUCCACAAAGACUGAUACGAACUUUCUGCCUGUGUUACUUAUUUAUUACGGUGCAUGACUGUGAUGGAAACCAUAAUGCAGCUUGCCAGGGUCUGCUCCAUCCUCCUGUGUCCAACAUAGAUUGUAUCUGCUACUGAGAAGCAAUCCGUGCAGAGAAAAAGUGACUGUUGGACAAAUAGGAGUGGAAAUGGGGUGGAAACUGAUUGUCUCAAAACCCAUCGGGGUAGCUCGCGUUUGCCUGCUCGCACUCUGCCUGUUCUGAGCUCCAUCUUCCAGUCCUGGGAGAAAUAACAAAAUGCUGUCACUAGAGGCCUUCAGUGAAGGCUGACUGGUGUGGAAGAUGCCAUGGUUAAGUGAUUGAAGAAAGAGCCAGGGCACUAGUCUCCAUUCUGUCUUUGUCCAUAAGCUGAGCAAGAAACUCCUCGAGUCCUGUGCGUGCUCUUCGGCCACCUGGACAGUGGGAGGCAGCAUCAGGAUCCUUGAAAGGGAGGUACUGCAAGGCUGUUUUGUCAAGAGCAGGAAUGAGACCUACAAAUGAUAUGGGGAUGAUAAACUGUGUUUGGAACUGCUCCAGAAGCACAGAUGACCUUCAGACAGCAGCUUUUCUGCUCUGUAAAUCCUUUGUUUAUCUGUGCACUAUGUCUGGAAUUUUCCUUGCUCCUUUGAAAACAGGCGAGACCCUGCUUGUGGCUACAUGGUGGUGUUCAGCCAGCAGAACAGUCAGCUGCCACAAGCUGGGUUACACAUCCCAUCAGCUUGCUCUCUGCACCUUACUGUGGUUAGUACAGGCAGCUGUUGUGUUUGCAGUCCUGUUUUUCUGUGCUAUUUUACCCUGGUCACAUGCACUUGCUGCCCACGCAUCUGUGGGGACACCCCACGCCUGCCAGGCUGAGCAGGCGCUUCAAGAAGAUGCAGCCUGCUGAAUUCAGCAAUUAUCUUCAGCAUCUCCGACUCCUAGAAGGCAUAACCACAUCUGAGGAUCGCUCGGAGAGGAUACUUGAAGAAGGCAGGAACACGUUGUACCUCUGGCAAAGAUAAAGACUUGCUGUUCUGGAAAGAAUUAUUUCCUGCUCGAUCUCCCCAGUACCCUUCCCUGCAGCCUGUUCCAGGUAUAUUUUUCUUGUUUAGAAAAACUCCAUGUCUCGAUAUAAGCCUCCACAAUCACCACAGUAACAGGCAGGAGCCCUUGCGGAACAACAUCGAUGUGUUUGCACUAUUUAGAAAAAGGCAUGCCUCACUAAACUGAUGACUUGUUUUUGUGUCCUGCGCGUAAUGAAUUUAAUUAAAUCAAGCACAUUCUAUGAUAACAUAGGUUUAUUUUUCCAUUUGUACUGCGUUUCGGGAAAAACCCUGAAGUAAAGGCCUGUUACCAGUUAA